AUGUCGGCGACAAAACGAAUCGUCGUCUUCGGAGGCAAUGGUUUCCUAGGUUCACGGAUAUGCCGAGCGGCCGUAGCCCGGAACUGGGACGUUACAUCAGUGAGCCGUUCCGGCAAACCCCACUGGGACUCCAUAGCCUCAUCCUCGUCCCCUCCCCCUUGGUCGCACAAAGUCUCCUGGGAGCGCGGAGACAUCUUCCAGCCAGCACAAUGGACCUCGCUGCUCCGCAACACCGACUACGUCGUGCACAGCCUCGGCAUCCUCCUCGAGGCCGACUACAAGGGCGUGAUCUCGGGCCGCGAGUCCCCCAUUUCCGGCCUCGCCAAGGCCUUCAGGGCGCCGUCAUCAUCCUCACCCAACCCGCUGGAGCGCGUGCGCGAGGGCGCCAAGGAGCCCGGCGUCGAGCCGCCGAGUUCGCCCGCUCAGCUGACCUACGAGAUGAUGAACCGCGACAGCGCCAUCCUGCUGGCUAAAGUGGCUGCGCACGAGGGGGUAGAGGCGUUCGGGUAUAUCUCGGCCGCUGGGGGCGCGCCCGUGCUGCCAGCGAGGUAUAUUACCACAAAGAGAGAGGCUGAGGCGGUGGUGGCAAGGGAGUUUCCGGAGAUGAGGGGGGUUUUCUUCCGCGCGCCGUUUAUGUAUGACCCGUCGAGGAAGAUUACGAUUCCAAUGGCUGCGAUGACAAUGGCUGGGUCGACCUUCAACCGCCUGACCGGGGGGGUGCUAAGCGGGUUCCUUGGCGCUGCUGGGUCCAAGCCGCUCAAGGCCGAUGCGGUGGCGGAUGCGGUGGUCGAAGCGCUCGCUGAUGAGAAGGUGAAAGGGCCGGUGGAGGUGCUGCAAUUGGAGGAGUUGGCGGGCAGGGCAUGGCGGAAGACGAUGCUUUGAGGGGGGAAUACC